CGCGUCGGCCACGCGUGGAGGGAGCAGGGCACCCAAACCUGGAGGGGCCGUCACGCUAGAAGGACCCGUGGGCCCUGUCAUCUCCUGGGCAUGAGCGGUGAAUUGGACCACCUGCGGUUUCCGACUAGGGAAACUGAGGCGGGCAUCCACGGGGACUCCUCCCGCGGGUUCCGGGAGGACCAGCUGCGGCCGAUCCUCGCCCUGCGCGCUCUUCGCGCCGCCCGCCCUCCACGCCCGCUGGCGGCCGCAGGAUUGAGGAAGUGCGUCUGGGCCCGGCCCGGCCCCGGCGCGCGCGGCCGGAGGCUCUGGGGGCGGAGGGCAGUGGCACCGCCAGGCCCCGGCCCGCUGGAGUCCGCCGGGCCUGCAUGCCCAGCCCUGUCGCUGCAGAACUAGACAGCUUUCUGCUCAGCCAUGACUGCGUGUCCGUGCCAUCGGCCAGCCCGCGGGCAGCAGCAGCGGCAGUGACCACAGCCAGAACUGACUUAGCAGAGCGGCCACCCCGGAGGCUGAUGGCUGGCAUGUCGCAGCGACCACCCAGCAUGUACUGGUGUGUGGGGCCGGAGGGGUCAGCCGUGUGUCCAGAACACGCCAUGGAGACGCACAAUGGUGCCGGGGACAUGGGCAGCAAACUGUCCACGCCAGGCGGUGACCCCACAGCACGCUGCCCUGGGACAGAAGACAUUCACAUCGCAUACAAGCAAGGAGACCCCAGCAGAGCCCGGCACCUGCUCAGAGAGGCUUGUGAUGAGACCACAUCCCAGCUGGAACGGGCAGCAUGA